UGUCUAUAUAUAUCCUCUCACCACCCACCCUCUAAUCCCUCCCUCACAUCAUCUCUUUCCUCUUAAAAAACCUGCAACUUUUUUCUUCUCUCAAGCUCAUCAAUGGCGGCCACCAAUGGAGUCACCGACAAAAAACUGAUCGUCAGCUUCGGCGAGAUGCUAAUCGACUUCGUCCCCACCGUCUCCGGCGUCUCACUAGCAGAAGCACCGGGAUUCCUGAAAGCACCAGGCGGCGCUCCGGCGAACGUCGCGAUCGCCGUCUCACGGCUAGGCGGCGACGCGGCGUUCGUCGGAAAGUUAGGCGACGAUGAGUUCGGUCACAUGCUCGCCGGGAUCUUGAAGGAGAACGGUGUCUCCGGUGAGGGAAUUUGCUUUGAUAAAGGUGCGAGAACUGCGUUGGCGUUUGUUACGUUGAAAUCGGACGGUGAUCGUGAGUUUAUGUUUUACCGGAACCCUAGCGCCGAUAUGUUGUUGACGCCGGAGGAGCUGAACCUUGAGAUUAUUAGAUCUGCAAAAGUUUUCCAUUACGGAUCAAUAAGUUUGAUCGUGGAGCCAUGCAGAUCAGCACAUCUCAAAGCAAUGGAAGUUGCAAAGGAAGCAGGGGCGCUUCUGUCAUAUGACCCAAAUCUCCGGCUGCCAUUGUGGCCAUCAGCCGAGGAGGCACGCGAGCAAAUCAUGAGCAUAUGGGAAAAGGCUGAGGUAAUCAAAGUGAGUGAUAACGAGCUUGAAUUUCUCACCGGAAGUGACAAGAUUGAUGAUGAGUCAGCAAUGUCUUUGUGGCACCCUAAUCUGAAGCUUCUGUUGGUUACUCUUGGUGACAAAGGUUGCAAUUACUACACCAAGCAUUUUCAUGGUACUGUGGGUGCAUUCCCAGUGAAAGCAGUGGACACAACAGGUGCCGGUGACUCUUUUGUUGGCGCUCUCCUGACAAAGAUCGUUGAUGACCAAUCCGUGCUCGAGGAUGAAGCAAGGUUGAAAGAAAUACUGAGAUACUCGUGUGCCUGUGGAGCGAUCACUACCACCAAAAAGGGUGCGAUCCCUGCCCUUCCUACUGUGCCAGAGCUCGACGCCUUUUUGAAGGCUCAUCCUUAGAUAGUAUUUUCGUCGUCUGUUUUGUUUUUGUUUUCUUGAUCGAAUAAUAAAAUUUCUUUGAAAUGAUUUUGUAUUAUCAUCAAUCAAUGUUUAAAGAAACAGAAUUCAGUUUGUAAAAGGUUGAAGAAUUUGAGUGAUGAAGUGUUUUCAACCCUAGUUUACUUA